UUUCAACACUAACACAGACAGCUCUCCCUCUCUCUCUCUCUCUGUACAUAUGGAGUUGUAAAGACUCAGAUCAGACCAAGCCAUUCAAAUACAGGCCAUGGUUGUUCCUGGGUCCUUUUAAUCCAUCCUCCAAUCUAACCACCUUCCUUCAUCUCCAAUCCUUGCAGCUCUCUCUCGUCUUCAUAAACUCAAGCAGCCACCAGUUAACACUCACAUCCAUUCCACCCCACAAGUCCUUCAACAUGGAGUUCCUUUGGUGGCUUUGCUUCGCCACCUCUCUUCUCCUCACUCAACUCGGCACAGCUGGAGCACAAGCCCCGGCGGCUGCACCCUCCGGGCAGCCAACACCGGUCGCCGCCACACCUCCAGCCGUGACACCACCACCCUCCUCAAGCCCUCCAAGCUCACCACCUCCAGUCUCUACUCCACCACCAUCAGUGCCACCGGCAUCACCUCCUGUUCCAAUAGCACCUGCACUGCCGCAACCACCAGCACUGCCGCAACCACCAGCACUGCCGCCAACACCACCACUGCCGCCGCCGCCAGCAUUGCCGCCGCCGCCAGCACUGCCGCCACCAGUGCCGUCACCGCCGGUGCCAGCGCCAGUGACGCCACCAAUUCCACCACCGCCAGUGCCUGCUCCGGCUAAGCCUCCAGCGAUGCCUGGGCCGGCACCAGCACCUUCGAUAUCUGCGCCAGCACCAGCACCAGCACCAGCGAAGCGUAAGGGGAAGCAUAAGAAGAGAAGGCAUAGGAAGAAGCAUGCACCAGCGCCAGCGCCGACGGUGCCGAGCCCGCCGGCACCGAUUGCGCCCACACCACCUGAUUCAGAGGAUGUGACGACUCCGGCGCCUCAACCGAUGGAUCUGAAUGGAAGCAUUGCGAUGUUUGGGAAUGGAGGGAUGCUCCGAAACUGGGUGCCAACCACAUUGGCCUUCUUUGUGCUGCUGUUAAUGGUCUGAAGUCCGCACUGCUUGCAGCUCCAUAAAACAAUUCCGGGAUUUCUCAUACUACAGAGGUUCAUCUUCAUUGUUUUUUUGCUGAAAUGUUCAUCUUCAUUGUUCGCCAGUUACAAAUGUUAUCUUUGUAUUUAUUUGCACAUUAGUUUCAUUGUGUAAUAAGGCCAGAGAACUCUUUCAUCUGUCUCGGACAAGAAAAUUGAAUUGAUUCUUAGUAACAGCUGCAUUUCUGUAUAAACUAAAAUUGCAUCCCCAAUUUAUUGAGGCAAGCUGGAUGAAAAGGAAAAUAAUAUUUAGCCUUGA